AUGGGUGGGUGUUUGACAUCGCGUCCAACGCGGCGACCAGAAGCGAUACCAUUGAGUCUGUUCACACCUGGAGCCAGCAUCUAGUCUCGGCAUCGUUUGCGGAUCGACGUUCUUAGACCACCCACCCAUUCGUCCCAGCCACGAAUUCAACUCGGAUGCCUGCACUCGUUUCUCGUCGGGAGCCUUGUUUCACAAAUUUUCCAAGCGCCAGUGAGUUUAUUCGCAAUCCGCGCACCUUUGAUACGGCCAUGUUCGGCUUUACUUCCAUCACACAGCCAUGUUCGACUCUACUUCUAUUGUACGGCCACGUUCGGCUCUAUUUCAUAUGGUCACAUUCGGCUUUAUUUCGUAUGGCCAUGUUCGGCUGUACUCCUUAUGGCCAUGUUCGGCUUUAAUUUGUAUGGCCACGUUCGGCUUUACUCCUUAUGGCCAUGUUCGGCUUUACCUCUAUGAUAUAGCCAUGUUCGGCUUUAUUUCAUAUGGCCACAUUCGGCUUUAUUUCAUAUGGCCACAUUCGGCUUUAUUUCGUAUGGCCAUGUUCGGCUGUACUCCUUAUGGCCAUGUUCGGCUUUAUUUUGUUUGGCCACGUUCGGCUAUACUUCUUAUGGCCAUGUUCGGCUUUAUUUCAUAUGGCCACAUUCAGCUUUAUUUCGUAUGGCCAUGUUCGGCUUUACUUCGUAUGGCCACGUUCGGCUUUACUCCGUAUGGCCAUGUUCGGCUUUACUUCCGUCACACAGCCAUGUUCGGCUCUACUUCUAUCGUACAGCCAUAUUGGCUGUACCUCUAUCAUUUGGCCAUAUUGGCUUGACUUCUAUCGUCCGGCCAUGUUGGCUUUACUUCUAUCAUACGGCCGGAUCCGUCCUCGAAUGUGGUCGCUUUCUCAAAGCCCCUCUUUGGCCCCGUAUUUUUCGGUGCCUACGUUUUCCACGCAUCCAGUGUCACCCGCCCAGGUCUUAGCUGGGCAUUCCACACAGACACUUCUUUUUUGACCUAUCUACUACAGACCCUUCUCAACGGGACACUAGUUUCCUGUUCAUGCCUCUUCCGAGUCAGCGAGAGCCCCUAGGUCGGGGUUGGAUAAGCUCUCCGCUCUCCGUUCCAUCACAGUUUACGUGCGGCGUUGACCGAUGUCGUUACGCCCCUCAACGUUAAUCGAUGGCAAUCGGCCAUGAAUCGCCUUCGCGUAUACUGUGGCAACACUUCUUUCGAGCAAGUCGCUUUGAUCCCGACCCAGAUCCGCGCGAGUUUCGACUUCGGCCUCCGUCACCUUCCCAGGGAACCUUUUGCUCCGAGCAAGCACGUUUCGGACGAUGAUGACGCAUUUCGUCAGGUAGCGGCUAGCGAAAUUCCCCGUUUCUCCAUGCAAGGGUCGCAUCGCGGAGCUUUUUGA